UGUUUCUACUGUUUACCCCGCCGCCAUCUUUUUUCUGUUGUGACGCAGAAAUAUGACGUAUUCGCAGCCCACAGCUGCUCAGAGUGCGUCCCUAUUCAUUGCAGACACUGUGAAACAUGGAGAUUCAGCCUGGGAGGACAGAAACUGUGAAGGAGGAAGGAGAGCAGGAGGAUGGAGUGACUGCACGACGACGAUGGGAAGCAGGGAUGAAGAGGAAACAUGAGGAAGAGGAGAACGACAAGGAGACCUCAACAACAAAGAAUCGGGUGAUUGAUCACAGUGUGAAAGUAGCAAGCCACUACAACCGUCUGCAGGAAGUUGGUCUGGCUGCUCGAAGUCGAAGCAGAAUCUUCUUCAUGAGUUCAUUUAAAAACUAUAUUUAUUGGCUGUUUGUUUGAUUGACAGGAGAGAUCCUAGAACAGGUGAGGGAGGGUGGUUCUCCACAGAUAUCAGUGUUGGACCUAGGCUGCGGGAAAGGAGGAGACUUGCUGAAGUGGAGGAGAGGGGGGAUCAGUCACCUGGUCUGUGCAGAUAUAGCAGGAGUGUCGGUGGAACAGUGUCAGAGUCGUUACGAAGAGAUGAAGAAGAAAAGUCACAUGACCGAGAAAAUCUUCAGUGCUCAGUUUAUCACCGCAGACUGUACCAAGGAGGUGUUGUCAGAGAAGCUGGAUGACCCAGAACUGAUGUUUGACAUCUGCAGCUGUCAGUUUGUGUAUCAUUACUCAUUUGAGAGUGAACAGAAGGCUAACAUGAUGCUGAGAAAUGCCUGCGAACGUCUGAAACCUGGAGGUUUCUUUAUCGGAACAACGCCAGAUGCCUUUGAACUUGUGAAACGUUUGGAGGCAUCAGGCUCUCUGUCGUUUGGUAACGAAGUUUUUAAAGUGUCCUUUCAGUCCAAAGGUUCAUAUUCGCUGUUUGGAUGUCAGUAUCACUUUAGCCUUGAGGAUGUCGUCAAUGUUCCAGAGUUCCUUGUCUACUUCCCUCUUUUGGAACACAUGGCGAAACAUUACAACAUGCGUCUGGUGCUGAAGCAGAGGUUUUCUGAGUACUUUAUGGAGAAAGUGAAGAAGGAGCAUCAUCGCAGCCUUAUGAUGAAGAUGAUGGCUCUGGAGCCUUUUCCCUGUGAGGAGGGAGGACAACAAGCUACAGACAGUAGAAGCGAGUACUGCCAUGCUAAAGAGCACUGUGGCGGAACUGGGAUUAAGCUGCCACUGGGCACUCUAAGCAGAUCUGAGUGGGAAGCAGCCAGUAUCUACCUGGUAUUUGUCUUUCAGAAAAUGUCCUGAUGCUGACAAGAAACUCAUCUUUUGCUUGUGAAGUCACCUACUGCUCCUCAGCUCAUGUUUUCCAUCUAUUGUUUAUGUAAUGUUUUUUGACCAGUUUUUGAUAAAAUGUAAAGUGUUGGAUUUCUUUUGGAAAAGAAUGAAACCUAAUUUAAAUUCA